AUGAGGGGUCGUACAAGGGCCGGUGAUGGCUCUAACGAUGCGGAGCUCGUCUUGCCAUCAGGGAACCGAGACGAGGGCCGCCAUCGACAUCAACAACACGCGAAAGAUACGCGCCUCUUUGACAAACUGAAUCAGCUGGAACGAAAAUGGCAUUCCCAAAAGGGCAACAACAACAACAAACUGGCCAUCGGUGGUGUGUCGUUGAAUCAAAAUCACUCCUUCUCGUCGCAGCGGGAUCCGCCACCGGGGUCGCCUCCCAUAGAAGCAACUGGUUCCAUGCCACCACCAUCAGAAGCACUCCCCGUGAGUAGUACUAGUACAGAACCCAAACAGCUGCCACCCAAGAAAAAGAAGAAAAAGAAAAAAGAAGGUCCCAGAGUUGUAACUAUGUUCGAUCGGCUCUAUCAAAAGGGAAAGGCCAAGGCCAUCACCAAAAAUAUUACCGUUCUACCUCAGACCAAGCCCAGCGCCAACCGAAACAAACGAAGACUAAGGGCGGCGAUCAUCAUACAAUCUGUGUUUCGGGGGGUCAAGCUGAGAAAACACGUGCGAUACCUCUCCGGUACGGCUUUUGUGAUUCAGUGGUGGUGGAGGAACAUCGCACAGCGGCUUUUCUACAUCAGAUUGCGAGGGUUGACCAUUAUCAUUCAAUCACUGGAACGUAGACGCGUAGCAAUUAAAGCCGCUCAGGAAAUCCGGGGUUCCGCUGCUACCAUUCAAUCCUUAUGGAGGAUGCGCUGUGCCAAACGGCAACGCAAGAUGCUCGAGGAGGAUUUGGAGAAACGCAUACGUGAAAGCAACGCAUCCAAGUUGAUUCAAUUUCACCUGAGGAAGCACAUUAAAGUUAUUCGACAACAGCGCGUGGAAUGUGUCAGUCUCAUGGUAGAGGAAAUCAACGACGGAGUAGAAACGCUAUCCGGGGACAGUUCCACAUCGGAAUCAAUCUCCAGUGAUCAUCCGCCCGAUCUGAUACUUUCUGCAGACAGCUUGGAAGAAAACCCCUCGGACGAGGCGGGCGAAGCGGAUGAGGAAAAAAGAAAGGUCACGCCGAAUGAAGACAAGCUCGCACCGACUGAGGACAGUGCCAAACCUUUGGAGCACGACGAGAAGCCAUCAGUCUCAUCUGCUUCGGCGUCUCUGUUCCGAGCUGCGCAGCUCCGACGACGGGCUCUGAAACAGCCAGUCUCGAAUGUUCCUCAAGAUACAGUAGCAAGAUCCGUAUUGGCGCAUCGAAGGAAGAACCUUGGAAUUAAAGAAGGAACGGUGCCACCCAGGAAAUACAAGAGCAUUGCUUACGAAUACCUUCCAACGAACAAGACCUAUUGGACUUACGAUUCUCACAAACUUGCAAGAAUUCCCAUCAUACAGCGCUGGGCUAAGAAAAGAAUGCGGGAGAAACUGCUGUGGAGAUCAUCCGUGAACAUACAGUGUGCGUGGAGAAUCAAUCGUUCCCAGUUUGAGCUGAUAUCCUUGUAUCUCUUGAAAGAAUGGGCUGUUCGAGUUGAUUUUCGUCAGGAAGAAACCACCAAUAACCCAGUACUGCGUCAAAAAGUUAGGUUACUGGCUUUGGCCAAGGCUAUCCGCCAAGUUAAUGACGAAUCCUUGCCACCCGAGGUCUUGCGCACUCCAUACAGUUUUGUGGUCAACUGGAAGACAGAAACCAGCAUCUACUUCGCAGAGGACCAAGGCAUUGCGCAGCUCAACCGUUGUCGAAUUCAUGUCGUUUGCGAGGCUCAUAGGCACCCACUGUGGGAGGAUUGGAGCAAUCAAAAGAAAUUCACUCACCUGAGCAAGGUUGCCUUGCUAAGAUCAUUUUCGAACCAGUGUGCAAGGCUGAGUCGCGCCUCUGUUCUGAUGCAAUCCCUCCGGAUGAGGAGGAUACUGUGGAAAAUGGCACGUGAGAAGGAGGCGGCGAUGACUAUUCAGCGGUUUUGGUCCCGAUAUGGGCAUGAGACGGAUGAGAUGGUGUAUCUCCAACAGGCUAAAAGUGCGGCAAUCCGUCUUCAGGCAUUUUGGAGAAUGACCAGCGCCGUUCUGCUUUUGGAAAUCCAAGACAUGUCAGCUAGCAGCAUUCAAGCAUUGUUCCGAGGUUUCACAAUAAGAGAACAAUACUUGGAGGCAAAAUUUGGAAUCACGGGGUUUCAAGCCGUGUAUCGGGGACGAAGGGAAUACCGAAGCUUCAACUUGAAGUGUCGGACGGUCCUUCACAUCCAACGAGCUAUUCGGGGGUUCAUAGCACGAGCAAGGUUGGACCAUCAGGCAUAUGCCGCCCUUGCAAUUCAAGACUGGUAUCGGGCAGUUGCCUUGCGUGUCUGUAUGUCGAAGAUACGGCUCUCAUACUCCAUAUUGCAAUGCCUUGUCCAGAGGCAGGCUAUUCUUUCCAGGCUUCAAAAAGAACAGGCAGCAGUUCGUUUGCAAGCAUGGCUACGAAAAGUCUCCUGUCGAAGCUUCCACCUCCAGCAGAUACAGUCUGGCACUCACGUCCAGUCGGUUUACCGUGGCUGGCAAGCGAGGAAGGCAUUCUGCAUAGUUGUCCGGGGUGUUGUCUUGUUACAGGCUUCAGCCCGUACAAGAAGGGACCAAGAAUUGUUUUCUCAAUGGAAGAGAUCCGCAAACGCUAUUAGGGGUGUCUGGUUAACAUACAUCACCAGGACACGGUUCUUGCGAUUGUGUCGAGUUGUCUCGAUCGUUCAAACAUUGAUGAGGGAACGACGAGCAAGGCGGUCAUCGGCUACCCGUUUGUCGGCCUGGUGGCGAACGUGCGUAUGCCUGAGGCAUAUUGACGAGUCAAAGAAGCUGGCUGUUACAGUUCAGAAAAUUUUUAGGGGGCAUCAGGGAAGAUUGAGGCACAAACAUCUCUCAUACCUGCGGCUUUAUGCUGCGGCCGCCAAACUCCAAUCCUGGUGGCGUUUGAAUUUGGCUUUUGAUGCCUAUACCAUAAUGCAACUGUCUGUCGUGGAUAUUCAGAGAUCUUAUCGUGCCUACAGCGCGAGGCAAAGGUACAAGAUUGCGCUGCAAACAUUGAAGACAGCUUCCGCAACAAAGCUUCAGGGAUGGUGGCGGAUGGCCAUAGUAUGCGAGACAUACAAUGUUCUCUACGUCUCAGUCUGGGAUGUACAACGUUGCUAUCGUGGAUACAGGACAAGGAAAGCGCUUGUAGAGGCUCGCAUGUACCUGGGAGCAGUCAAGUUUCAGGCUUUGUGGCGGGUGUCUCAUAUGCGCUCCAUCUUCAAGAAACUGUGCCAUGCAACUAUGACGCUUCAACGUGUGUAUCGUGGUCACAAGACGAGAAGUGAGAUCCAAAAUGCACGCAUGUGUUCUGCAGAAACUCAUCUAGCGGCAGCCUGGAGAAGAUUCCAUGCUCGCAAAUGCUACAAAGACCUUUGCCGGUCAGCCAUCCUGGCCCAGAGAAUCUGUCGAGGACACCUCGGUAGGAAGCGCUUCGAGUUUCUCCAUGCGCAGCACGUAUUCAGAACGGCCACGAAGCUCCAAGCUUUUUGUAGAAUGUGUGCGCAAUCCAAAAGGUUCACCAAGGUUUGCGCAUCCGCCCUGCUAGCACAGAGAAUUGUUCGUGGCUGCGUGGCGAGAAGACGCUAUAACGCACUAGUUGAGGCCCAUUUUGCUGCCGUUCUGAUCCAAGCUGCCUGGGACGACUACAGGGACAGAAUGGCCACACGAUUGUACUUGGCCAUUGUCUCUGUCCAAAAAUGCUACCGGGGUUACCAAGUGAGAAGCAGCAUUGAUCCCCUUGCAGCAUUCUUUUAUUCCAAGGGGAAAGCUUGUGGCUAUCUUCGCCUCAUGCACUACAACAGCUACAGGCAGAUGCAAGCCUCUUCGUUGGUGUUGCAGCGUUGGCAACGGAUGACCACCUGCAAGCGAGACUUCGAAGAGCUGAAGAUGGGAGUGGCAGCUAUCCAAGCUUGUUUUCGGGGUUAUUCAGCUCGUUGCAGCUUCCACGAACAAGUCGAAGCCGCGACGAUUAUUCAAGCUUGGCGUCGCAUGACAGUGAAAGUCGAGGACUUUGAGGAGAUGCUUGUUGCAUCGAUCAUAAUUCAGUCGCUCUUCCGGGGCUUUUCGCAACGUCGCCAAACGAAAGCAUCGUUGCGGGCCUUCGUGGCUAUCCAGUCCUUGUUCAGAAUGCGCCGUUGCGUACAAAAUCUCAUGGAGACGCGCUCAUCACAGGUCGAGGUUCACUUUGUUCAGGGAAAAGGCAAUCAAGAUCCAGUGUUGGCUAAGGUGUCUGAUGGCAAAGAGACAGCUGAAGAGAAGGAAGAUGGCAACCAAGAUCCAGUGCUGGGUUCGAUGUCUGGCGGCCCAGAGAGAGCUCAGUAG